UUUGGGCGCGAGCGAUUGAAAGACUGUUGGUGUCGGUUCUGCUGUUUAGGUCCGGCUCUGCGGUCCCAGCCUUUUCCCAUGGCUGACCCUGAGGAGUUUCGUGUUUCUUCGCCUCCCCCACCGCCUCCCUCCUCUCCUUCUUCUUCCGACGUUUCUUCAGCAUCUUCCCCCGGUGUCCCAAUGAGUUUGGGCUGGCGGGAUUCGAGCAGGAGCAGCGGCCGAACCGUGGAUCCGCUGGAGGAAGUGGAGCUGCAGAUAGGAGAUGCAGCUUUUUCUCUAACCAAACUUCUCGAAGCCACAUCUGCAGUAUCAGCUCAAGUGGAAGAGCUUGCCCUCAAAUGUACAGAAAAUGCACGUUUCCUUAAAACCUGGCGGGACCUCCUGAAAGAAGGCUAUGAUUCUUUGAAACCUGACAACUGAUUUGGCCUGCUUAGCUGUUCCAGCAAUGGACUGUGUAACAUACUUCUUAACAUACGAUUUUUGCACAUGUACUGCAUACAUAGGAUGAUCUCUUUCCAGCAGUUCUGUAUACUCACAGAACUUUUUCUUGACUUUUAUGAAAGCAGAAUACUGAUAUUUUUGAUGCAGACCAAUAUUUGUUUAUUCUUAAAUACUUUCUGCCAUCUAAACUUUUGUAGAAUCCUUUAUGGAAGUUAAUUCUAU